AUGGACACCUUUGGCAGAAAGUUACAGCAGAAGGCUCUGCAGCAACCUAAGCAGAAGAAAUCCAAGUCGGCUGAAUUUCUGAUGGGGAGUGAAGAGCGAGCUACUGUAGUGGGCAUGGAAAAUCCAGCCUUCGACGGAGGAGGAAGCACUGAGCCUUCCAUUUCUCCGAGUUGGCCGGGGAGAAAAAUGCGAGGUGACAGGCCAGAUAGCACCCUUGCAGCUCACCGAAAAAAAAUGGAGCUGCAAGCCCCUGCCAAAGAAAGAGGAAAUGAAUGUGCCCAAAAUUACUUUGACCCAUUGUCAGCAGGGCAGACAGACCCAAGGCAUCGCAGGACGGCCGGGGUCAGCGCUGAAGAUGAGCUGGAAUUAACAAUACUGAAUGCAGAUGAAAGCAGACUGUUUGAAAGGAUGGCUGCCCUGCUGGAUGACGACGAUACGUUUGUAGACAUACCUGGUACGCUGCGAGCCUCCAGGGAUGACGAGGUGUUGGAGGUGAAGGCGGGUGAUCUGGUGCAUCAGCGGCGACUGCUGCUCCACAGUGGUGGUGAUGCCUCGGGCUCCUGGACCUCCCAGGUCCACAGCAUUGCCAAAACACAGGCUGAGGGUGGUGCUGGGCCGGGGAGAGAGGCUGGACUCCAAGCAGGGAGGAUGGUAAUGGGCAGAGAAAGCACUGUAAAAACGAGGACAGCUGAGGAAGUGAUCCCCCACUACGCCCAGCAGCUGAGGGAGCGUGUGCGGCCUGACAUGAUCACGCUUGGCAGCCUUUCACUGCAGCAGCAUACAGCUCAGAAGGGACCCCUGAAGAGGAGCAAGUGGGCAAAGGCAAAGAAAAGACUGAUGGCCUUCUUCGCUGGUAAUGCUGAGACUCCCUUCUCACAAAGAGACUGUGAUGAGGCGGUAAGACCACAAGCCACACAGAAGACAACGUUUCAGAGCAUGGAAAGCCCGCCGCUCGGAGCGCUGGGGGAAGGCCAAGAUGAGGCAACGGCCAAACACACCCAGAUGACAAAACUCCCAGAAUCCUCCUCCUCAGCAUCACGGCCGCUGUGGCAGGAGGACCACAGCUCUCUUCCCCAGCCCGUGGAGGUGUGUGUGUGCUGCUUGAGGGCCACCAGAGACAAGCUUCCCAGGGGUCUCUAUUCUGUCAGUGUGGCUCUUCACAGCCGUCUAGGGGGUCCAGCUCUGGCUUUGUACAGUAAAAACGAGAAGCAGACACGGGGGGUGUCCACCGCGCCGACGGAGCACCGGGGUCGCUACUACGACCACGACCUGCACAUAAACCAGAGCCUGCUCAUGAACUUACCUGCUGCCUGUGAUGUCACGCCCUCCAUGGUCCUGGUGUUCCAACUCAACCAUCUACUGGCACACAGCAGCCAUGUGAGCUCAGCCCUAGCGUGGGGAGCAUUUCCUAUUUGUGGAGUGAACCUCAGGCUCAUCCAUGGCAGGUUCAAAACUCCACUUCUCAGGGGGGAACCCAGCACACAACUGGACCAGUUUAAAAAGAUUGAAGCUCUCAUCUCCUCCGAUCUCGAUCACUGGCUGUGCAACCUAUAUUUUGAGGUAAAAAGGCUCCCACCUGGAACAUCUGGGGGUCCAGAGGUUUUCAACGUGGCAUCGACACCCCCCUCCAACCUUCAUGUCAUGGAAAAAACGGAGGGCCGUCAUGAUCAACCCAAUAACCAGCUGCGGCAGCAGCCCCAGCCCCCGUCUCAAUCCCAGCUCUGUUCCCAUGCCCGGUCUCCCUUGGCCCAGCAGCAGCUGUUUACAGGCCCGAGCUGCAGAGCAGGAGAGCCCAGUGUGGUUCGCUCUCACCAGGGAUCGCCGCUCCACCUGUCAGCUGAUUCCGCUUGCUCUUCCUCGUCUCUGCCAGGGAAGAAUUACUCCUCAGGAGCCUUUUCUGGAAACAAUGAAGAGAAGAGUGAUCCGUGUGGGGAGAAAGCAGAGGGUGGGAUUCACUACAAGAAGAAGCCAAUCAAGAAGACAAAUAGCUGUGGCCCCAGCAUGAGCGGCAGAAGUGCAUCGCCUCGGCAGGCAGACAAACAGAAGCCGCAGCUUGCAAUGGAGAACCUCUGCACGAAGGAGAUGGAGGAGUACACCUUCUCUCUACAAUCAGCAAUAACUGGACCUGGUUUCGGGCCUCCCCACCUCUCGGACCGAGCCCGCCUGGCCCUCUGCAUGCUGCCAUCCGAGCUGGGACUGCCGUUGCCGUGGCAACGACGUCAACAACUGAACUGUAGCUGGCAUGGCUCCGUUCGGCAGCUCGGCCUCAUUAUGCUGCUGCUAACUUUGAUGUGGUUUGUGAGGCUUUACCUGCAUUACUGCAGCCAGUGGCUCUACCUCCAGGCCAUAGCGGUUCCUGUCAACAAAUUCUGCUUCCACGCACACACGGUGGACCUCGUCUACCAGAGUUCUUUGCUCCACACCCGCGAGGAGCUGGCAAUGGUGGUGGUGGGUCCCCUGACCUUGAACGCAGUAAUGUUCCUGCUGGUUCUGAUCAGAUGGGGCUGUCAGCUGAUAUUUGGCUCACUCCCUUCAUUCACGUCAAAGUUUAUCAUGGCUCAGGGAGUGUGGACAGUCCUCGACCCCCUGGCAGUCUUUGCUGUGGACGCCGUCCUCGGGCGUCUCUCUUACAGUCCCGAUGUACCAGUUGGUGAUGCAGCCAAGCUUUACUGGCAUUUCCACCGGGCUGACCAAUCAGGUGCAGCGGGAGUGCUCAUCACUCUGUUCCUCUAUGCAAUCCACUUCCUGCUUUCCAUCACUAUCAUCUCAAUUUACCUGCUCAGAUUCCAUAAUGAUGGUCGGAUGCUAGACAUCUUCCAACGAUUCACGGCCAAGGAGGGCAAGUACUUCCUGCCUCAAGACCUUGAGCUGUCCAAUCAGGAGCUAAGCUACAUUGUCAAGAAAGCAGAACAGUGGAGAGGCUUCGGUGGGGAGAGACGCAAGGUGGCGGUUUAUGACUAUAUCUGGACCACAGAUGAUGCAGGUCCUCUACCCCCCCGCGAGGAGGGUGCACCACUGCCAGAGGGUGAGACCAGCACCCACGUGAUCAUUUACACGUUGCACCUGAGUGGGGUGAAACAAAGAUACAGGCACUUCCUCCGUCUACCGGAUGGAGCCAUCGUUGAGGUGGUUGGUGAAUUAGAGGGACGCGACGGGGAAACCAAGGUGGCGGCCUGUCCGGGUCAGAGUUCUGCCAGCCACAGAGGGGACAAGCCAGGUGCUGAUUCACUCCAGCUACGGAAAAGGAAGAGAUUAUUUGGGCGGUCCCACCGGGUGGAGCCUCUCGGAGCAAGUGGAUGUGAGUCCAGUUUCGCGAUGCAAGACCUCAAUCCAUGACGUUGAAGAGAAGAAAAGAGAGAGCAGCAGCUGUAUUUGAUGUAAACCUUGCUGUUACCGGUCAGAUUUAUAGUAGUUGUGUUCUAGUUUACGGCGUAUUUUUCUUGAAACCUUCUGUAUCCGAGAAAAUGAUUAAUCAAAACUGACACAGCCGCCCAUGACCUCACAAAUGAAAGAAACGCUUCAGCAACACUUCUGAGGAAACCGGGUCGUCAGGUGUCCCGCGCCGCUUCGACACAAUGAAAUACGAGGAUUCUUCAAGUCACCAGUCAGAAGACGAGUGAUAAAAUAUCAAUUUUGGCCUCACAUUAAACAGGAUAAUAUUCAGGCCAGCUUGAUUUGUAUUGAAUAUGUGUCUGCUAGCCGGUGCUUAGUGUAAUGAAGUGGCUCACAAAUCAGGCCGUAAUGGCCGCCUACUUACACAUAUUGCUUAAUUAAAGGUUGUGAGCUUAUUAACAUGUGUCUCUGGGAAGAGGGUGCAGGAAGA